AUGGCAGCAGAGGAGGGGAGGCUCGCUGUGGUCGUGGGGGCGAACCGAGGCAUCGGCCUGGAGAUUUCCAGGGAGCUCCAGCAGCGGGGCUUCCAGGUGGUUGCAGCAUGUCGCAAGUCCAGCAGCGAGCUUUCAGCGCUGCCCUCUGUCACUGUGGUAGAAGGAGUGGAUAUUGCUUCCCAGGCUGGGUGUCAGACUCUAGUAAGUGCGUUGCAUGGCCGCAAGGUGGCUUUACUAUUGGUGGUUGCGGGGUACCAACACUAUGAGAAACUUGGGGACUUAAUUGCAGACGGCCUGCGUAUCCAUUUUGAGAUCAACGCCAUCGGGCCCAUUUUGAUGGCCCAAGCGCUGCGCCAAAACUUGGAAGCUGGCUCAAAGGUUGUUUUCCUGGCUAGCAAGAUGGGGUCAAUUGGGGAUGGUCGCACUGGAGGCGGCCUGUACGGGUACCGGAUGAGCAAGGCAGCGCUCAAUUGCGGCGGUGCCACGAUGGCCAGGGACCUGAAAGGGGACAACAUCGCCGUGGGCCUCAUACACCCUGGAGCGGUGGACACAGACAUGUGCCGGUCAGUGCGCGCAGCCAUGGGCGUGCCGGAGAAGGACCGCAGCAAGGGGCUGCUUAAGGCGGAUGACAGCGCCCAGAGAUUGCUGAAACUUGUGGAUGGUCUGGAUAUGACCAACACUGGCACGUUCUGGGCUGCAGACACCGGCGAAGUGCUGGCCUGGUAG